GAGAGUCGGAGGUAAGUGAAGGAGGUAGGUUGUUUGUUGUUGAAUGUUGAUCUUUAUUACAAAAAUAAUAUCGGAAACUAUCGCAAGUUGAAAAAACUUUAAUUAACUACACUUUCACUGUUUUAAAGAAUUUCGCUAAAACCGAAUUUGAAAUGGUAAUAGAAUGUAAUAGAAAAGAACGAGAAAAACUUUUCAGUCAGUCUAAUGGUGCUCUAUUACCAGGUUACACUGGCCAUUGUCCAACAUUGAAAUUCCGUUUUGGGAAACGAUAUGGAGCUAAUACUUUAGACAUUAUUCAGGAACUUCGUGAAAAAGGUGUGUUAAAACAAUGUGAUUUAAAAAAUGUGUACCUGAGAGAUAGCCCAUUAGAUGAACUACCUCCAAAAUCAAAUAAAAACGAUUUAAAAAUUAAUAUUGACAAAGAACAAGAAACAGUCAAUAAUUAUCAAAGAUAUAUUUUAGGCUAUACCGGAUAUAUACCAGGAAUGCAUUUUCGGUAUGGCAAAACUUUUUGUAGACUUGCUCAAGAAUGUGAAGACAAUAUGCUUGUCAAAUUAUCGUCAGAACAAAGUCGACAAGCUAUCGAUAGACCUGUUCGUUUUUUGCCUCCAAAAAUGGUUCCAGAUAAAGCCAACAUGCGUUUACAACAUACUUUGAAUAGAUAUAAAAGAAGCAAAGAUUUUAAAGAUCAUAAAGUGUCUUCUGAAUUACCACCUAUAACUGGUUAUACAGGUCAUAUUCCAAGACUCAAAGUAUCUAAUAUCUCAGUGAGCUUACCUUUUCAUCACUCAGCCAAACUUGGAUUGUCGGUCUUGAAACAAGACAACGGAAAUGCUGUCAAAAAACACACUAGAUAAUUUGUAAAAAAAAGUUGUUUAUUAAUUGUUAUUAUUUAUCUACUAAGUAGAUUAUUUUAAAAAUAGUUUUUC